UUAAAGCGAGUUCAUUGCCGUUCUCUACUUCCCACGACAAAACGACGCGUUUAGCCAGGGUUUUCUUUUUUUCUGGUUAAACACAGCUCGUUACUCGCGUUUAACCAUGGCUUUAAACAAAGUUUCCGUCGAGGUACUCUCUGGUGCUUCUUUUGCAAAGUGAGAACAGUGGGUUUGAUAAGUAAAACUAAAAAGAACAACAAUGGAGGAAAGUCUGCAGAGGGGAGACAAGCCAUGGAGGGUCCUGGAGUUCUACAGUGGAAUUGGCGGCAUGAGGUACUCGUUGAUGAAAGCUGGUGUCAACGCCGAAGUAGUGGAAGCAUUUGACAUAAACAAUGUGGCCAAUGAUGUUUACCAACACAAUUUCGGACAUCGUCCCUACCAGGGUAACAUCCAAUGCCUAACUGCUGCUAAUCUGGACAGCUAUGGGGCAGACGCAUGGCUUCUUUCCCCUCCUUGCCAGCCAUACACUCGGCAAGGUCUCCAAAAGCAGUCCAGUGAUGCUCGCGCAUUUUCAUUUCUCAGAAUUCUUGGACUUAUACCUUACAUUUCCCAGCCUCCGCUCAUGUUAUUCGUGGAGAAUGUUGUUGGAUUUGAGGUCUCAGAUACACAUGCAAAAAUGAAAGACACAUUAGCAAAGUUUGAUUAUGUUACACAAGAAUUUAUCUUGAGCCCGUUACAGUUUGGGGUGCCAUAUUCUAGACCGCGGUAUUUUUGUCUGGCAAAAAGAAAACCUUUAUCGUUUCAAUUCCAACACUUCAAUGAUCUGCUUCUUUGGUCUUCAAGGCCAUUAUUGCAGCAUAAUGACAGUACGACAAUCCAUGAAAAUGGUGAACCAGAAGACUGUGAUAAGUUACAACUUAUGAACAUACAGCCAGAGAACAAGGGAAAAACUUCUUCGUUAAAGGAGCAAGGUCUUAGAUAUUUUACCCCCAAGGAGGUUGCUAACUUGCAUUCUUUCCCGGAAGAUUUUCGAUUUCCAGAGCAUAUAAACCUUAGGCAGAGUUAUGCAAUGCUGGGAAACAGUUUAAGUGUUGCUGUGGUUGCUGCCUUGCUCUGCUAUCUCUUUGCCCAACCAUCAUAAUUAUUCAAUCCGAUGCGCAGAAUUUUUCCAUUGUGAACAUACAUCCUCUGCCAUCUUUGUCUAAUGGCGAUGUUGCAUUCAAGACAUCACUAAUUUGCUAAUUCAAACUCAACAGCAAAGAGAUUGAAGGUUCAUGCAAAUCUAAUAUUUUGCUUCUGUGACAACUGGAUUCCGCAAGUCAUUGUAUGAAUAUAAUCCAUCGGCAUUUAUUUCAAAAGUGACAGUAGCUUCUUGCUCUCCUAAGACAGAAGAGACUGGUAGUCGGACUAUGCUAGCCCACAUUGGAGGGUGGUUCUUCUCAUGCCCAAGUUUGGGUUUGAGCUGUAAUCAGGGUGAAGAUAUGUACAAUGAGCAAGUCCCAAGUUGUAACAUGCUCCAUACAUGAAGUUUGCGAGAGAAGCAUUGUAUUUAUUUAGAUAACCA